GUCACGUGCGGCGGCAUCCGCUGGGGUGAGGCUGCCGUCGCUGCACUGGCUGAUUGGGACUGUGUCUGUGGGAGGCGCCGGGGUGAUGGCGGUGGAGACUCUGUCCCCCGACUGGGAGUUUGACCGCGUUGACGACGGCUCGCAGAAAAUUCAUGCUGAAGUUCAACUUAAGAAUUAUGGGAGAUUUCUUGAGGAGUAUACGUCUCAGUUGAGAAGAAUUGAGGACGCACUGGAUGACUCAAUUGGAGAUGUUUGGGAUUUCAAUCUUGAUCCUAUAGCAUUAAAGCUUUUGCCUUACGAACAGUCUUCCCUUUUGGAACUCAUAAAGACUGAAAACAAGGUCUUAAACAAAGUCAUCACUGUUUAUGCUGCACUUUGUUGUGAAAUCAAGAAAUUAAAAUACGAGGCUGAAACCAAAUUUUACAAUGGUCUCUUGUUUUAUGGAGAAGGAGCUACAGAUUCCAGCAUGGUGGAAGGCGAAUGCCAAAUUCAAAUGGGGAGAUUUAUUUCAUUUUUACAGGAACUAUCUUGUUUUGUUACGAGGUGCUAUGAAGUGGUGAUGAAUGUAGUCCAUCAAUUGGCUGCCCUGUAUAUCAGUAACAAGUAAUGGAUUUAGAAAUAUUUUUGCUUUUCUAAUGGAGUUGCAGGAAAUGUUUUUCUAAAAUUAAUUACAUGAAAUAGCUUUUUGUUCACUGAUUCAUUCAGCAUUCUUUGAGCAGUCAUAAUGUUUCAAAUACUACCUGAUGUAUGUACUACAUAAGUUAAUAACUUACAAUAUCUGCCAUGGUGAAUGAACUAAUUAUCUGUCUGAAGGAGAAUAUUGACAGAAAAAUCUUAAAGAAGUUUGACCAUAUAGAAAAAAAGGCUAAUAUGAAAUUUGUAUACAUACCAUGUUCUCUCUCAUCCCUUUUCUUUUCUAAUGGUUCUCUGACUCAUCACAUGGGACUUUUCUUAAAAUACAAAAUCUUGACCGAUGGAGCUAGGGAAUCUACAUUGAAAAAAUUUUGUGAUUCUAAUGACCCUAAAUACACAAUAAAAUAUAUUUUAAAAAAGAGGAGAUUUAAUAUAGAGAAUUGGUUAUAUAGGAGCUGGAUGGUUGAAAGGACAAAGAAAACGGUGACUUAGUCCAGAGGAAACAGGCACCACCUCUACAUUGAAAGAACAAAAGGGAAAAGAUUGCAAGUUGCCAGAAACUGGGAGGUUGGAAAGGGAGCCCCAUGGAAUUGGUGCUUAUACUUUUGAGGAGGUGGUACUGUCUGGCUGUUGUUGGACCACUACCCUGAAACAGUAAAAUUGGUUAACUUUUCAUAGAGCCCUUGCUAUUCUUACCACAAUGUCUCACGUCUGAUUCUUUAUACUUAAAAUUUUUUGGCCGGGCGCUGUGGCUCACACCUGUAAUCCUAGCU